AUGCGCACAUUAUUACGAUAUAAGAGAUGGGAAAUACCUCGAGGAGUCACAGCUGGUGAGAAACAUGACAAAUACAGGAAGAAUGUCCUAACUGAUGAUGAAGCUGACGAUAUACUGGUGCCCUCCGCCCUUCGAGCGCCUGGGGGAGGACGUGUGUGGGCGCGUGGUGAUCGCGCAGCCCCUCGACCAGUCCGCCCGGCCGUGACGUGGGAGGCGGCCAGGGCCGGCUGCAAGAAACUUGGCGGCGACCUUAUCGUUCUUGACGAAUGGGAGAAGAUCCAGUUUAUCUCCAGAUACAUCGAUCAGAAAUUCCCAGCUGAGUCGACGGCCGGAUACAUCUACUGGGUGGGUGGCCGCACUUACGCCGGCACCUGGAAAUGGGUCAACGGAAAGCUUAUCAACCUCAAAUCAAAUGUGUGGACGCCGGACAGACCUCUGAAGGACGGGAAAGAGAGGGCGACCAUGCUGGUCCCCGUCGACCAGACCCACAAGAGACGCUACCUCCUGGACUACGAGAUCACCAGAGUGGCGCCCGCGUAUAUCUGCCGGGCCUGAGGGGCGGCUGGUCUCCUGGGGGCGGCUGGUCUCCUGAGGGGCGGCUGGUCUCCUGCAGGGCCGCGGGGGACACAACACGUGACAAGAAAAAUCAAGAACAAGAGAACAACAGAACAAGAGAGGAAUAGCAUAUUCUUCGUUCAUUGCAGUUUUUGAUAAUUUCCUUAAAUCCAAGAUUCAGCUCGAACUACCGUCCAAAACAUGGCAACAUCUGACUUUUGUAUUGUUUGUAAAGUGUUUAACAUUAAAAUAGAGAUGUUGGUGUAA